CAUUUAGCAGGGUGUAGCUUUUUUCUCUUCUUAUUCUUUUUUAUACUGGAACUUCAUUUUUUCUGUAUAAGGUGGUACUUUUAAGACACCUCUGCCUAACUACAGUGAACUAACCAGAAGUCUCGGAAUAUGCUCUGGUGGUCAUUUUACACAAGUUCAGGUGUCACAUCCAUGAAACCUACACCACUAACCAGCAUCAGUCCUACAACUUCACUCUCAAAUUUAAUAAAUUCUGGGACAAGCAGAAACUGUAUUUUUAGCGGUGCAUUUUGUGGCAGGCCAGACUGCUAUAAAAUGCACUCUCCUUGUAGCACCACUUCAUCUUGGUUCAGAAGAGAUGUCCUGGAUAUACGUGAUAAUGUAACACGGGUGUUUUUGUUUGUUCAUGUUUAGCGCGUUGGGUUGUGUUUUUAAAGCGAAUGUUACGUUUUUAAAGCGUGUUAUGCGACAGGUGUGUGUAGCACUGGUGACACAUCUCAAUGGGAGAGCAAUAGUCGAGACCACACCUUUACCUGACGUACAACGUGACGUAUGGCGCACACUUUCAAAACAACAAUGGCGGAUAGAAAAUAUUGAUCGAGGCGGCUAAUGCUCCUUUCGCUGGUUGCCAACCACCAUUAAAUAACAACAAGAAGAAAAUAUUUAUCUGCUUUUCUUAGUUUUGCACGUUUAAGACGCAAUUCAAACUCAAACAAAGCUGCAAAGCAGGAGAACAACAUGGCCAUCAACUAUUCUGUGCCACAGUCCCAGUUUGCUGCAGCACAGAGUGAUGAUGAGAUGGUGGAAGAACAACAGAGACAAUUUACGGACCGUUAAGAUGUGCAACUUAGAAGUAGUCAGAGGUAACUGGAUGGAGUUCAGUCAGGUUAAAUGCACGGUUGAUUGGAUUAUAUCUGAAGAUCGUAUGCUAUUCGUGACAACUCUGCUAGACUCCAAAUUUCUCGUCCAUGAGGGAGGAUCUCAAAAGUAAAUGAAACAACUAAACUUAACACUUUUUCCCUAAAACGGACUGACAUGGGAAACAUUAAAGUUGGACUGACACCAGCUAAUCAGUCUGAAGGAAUCACAGAACAAGAAGGGAGACCACUGAGGAGAAGUUCUAUGAGUUCACGGGUGACCUCAGCUGUCAAGUUCCUGGAUGUGGGGAUGGAAAUUGAAGAGGAACUCACAAGCCUCCUGCCGACACUAGACAGAGAGAAAAUAAUCUGCAUUGUAGAACAUCUGACGGACGUUAUUGGUGUACAACAAAAAAGUGAUCUUUUGUUUGUGGAGGCGGAAGAUCUCAAACCCUUUCUCACACCAAUUCAAAUACGUAAACUACUUCUUGCAUUUAAAGGAGAUGGCAACAGACCAGAGAACCUGAAUGACACCAUUACUCUGGAGCCUUGCCCUGCUGCAUCAGCUGAAACAUCAAGCCAUCCACCUCACCCCUCCUCCUCCACGUCCACCACUAUGUACAACCAUUAUUCCAGCUCUUGGGUCUCACACUUACAGAUUCCUUGGGAAAGAUUUCCACUCCGACUGUCGCAUGCAAUCACAAGAGGAGACAGAGCUCAUCCAGAGGACAGGAGAAGUAUGAUUAGAAUUGUUGUGGAGGCCAUGCAAGUUCACUGCAGGAACCCUAAACGUGCAUCUUGUGAAGAAGUUGCUAAAAUCAUUGUAAACAGAUACCCUCAAACAUUUGCAGAUUUUACUGAAAAGGGAGAAAGACUGGGUUGUGGACAUUAUUCACUACUGAGAAGCAUCAAAUCUAGAGUUGAACAUGUUAAUCGAGAUAAUACAACACAUAGACUUCGUCAAACAAAGAGAACCAGGAAUGAGGAAGACUGCAGUCCCAACAGUAAAGCAACCUCACCUAAAAAAGUUAGAUGUCUUGUUGAUAGCUAUGGUUGUAUAAAUUGGCAACCAGUUGAACUUCCUGAGGAGGAAACGCCAGCUUCUUUAGAGGAAAAGAAGCACAUCUUGUUAACAAUUUUUAAUUCAGAAGGACCUGGAGCUGUGGAGAGACCUGAUGUGCAUGACUUCAUGUGCCUCAUAUAUAUUUCUCAGCACCAGCUUAUCAACAGUUGUCCCUCACUUUCAGUAGCUGAAAUUCAGGAGCAGUGGCCAUUCUUGUUUACUCGGAAAGGUCUUUCGAACCACUUUUACAAACUCACAGGCAUCAAUAUCAGUGAGCGCUUAGGUCAGGCCCUCAUAACCAAAGGCAGAAGGAUUAUUAACUAUUUCUCCAGCCAGAAGCUCAAAUGGAACCUUGGUAUAAGGACACUCAUCCAGCAGAUAGAAAGUGAGGGAGUUUUGACCAACAACAAGGUUGGCACAGCAACCAUACUUCUCAUGAUGAAGUAUUACAAGGAAGAUGAAGACUCCCUCUUUGUCUUAGCAGAUGAAACAUCUACCAGGAUGUCCCUUGAAGCAGAGAGCAACCUGCCAAUCACCCCAAGGCUGAUUAUGCUUGGACAAAGUUCAAUAACCGCCACCUGCUGGAUGGUGAGUGCAGAGGGGCGUGUAAUUGUUGAGCUGGACAAAGAGAACACCUUUGCUGAUGCGAUGUCAGUCUUCUUUUGAACCUGGAAUACCAGGAGUCAGCGUGUGCAACACUGGAA